AUGACCACCUCAAGAGAGCCUAUCAAGACAUUGGCCUACGUUGCCGACCACGUACAGACCUUUCCCGAAAAGACGACAAUGACAGGGAGCAUAGAUGUCUCCGAUCCAGAAACCGAAGAAAGCAAUACUCGGCCCGAUUUUGAGAAGAAACUCUUGAGAAAGAUUGACCUCUGGCUCGUGGGUUUCUACUCUCUCGUCUACGUCUUCCGCGUCAUCGACAGCGCAAACUACUCCAAUGCAGCUAUCAUCAACCUCGAGGCCGGCACCGGCAUCAAGAAGCAACUCGGCCUCAACCCAUCACAAUGGGCGUGGACGCUUUCAAUCUUCUCAUACAGCUAUCUCAUCUUUGAGCCCACCAACACGAUCUUGUUGAAGCUGUUCAGGCCUUCGAGAUGGAUGUUCAUACUGAUAAUGGCAUGGGGCGUUUCUGCGUGCUGCUCCGCCGCGGCGAUAAACUUUACAGGCAUGAUGUGUGUUCGUUUCGCGAUCGGCAUGGCUGAGGCAGGUUUUUUUCCGUCAGUGUUGUAUCACUAUGCGUUCUGGUACAAGCCGGAAGAGAUGCCGCAGCGCAUCGCCUUCUUUUACUCCGUCGGUCAGGUUUCUAGUGCGCUGUCGGGACUGUUGGCCUACGCCAUUUCGUAUAUGGACCAGCUUGGUAACGUGUCCGGGUGGCGGUGGCUGUUUAUCCUCGAAGGGCUGCCGGCUAUCUUCCUUGCGUUCUUUGCGUUUUGGUUGCCUGACUAUCCGGAGUCGGCCAAGAUGUUGAAUGAAGAGGAGCGACUGUAUAUGAAGCAGAGACUUGCCAGCUCUGUGCCCAAGGGAGAAGCGAGUUGGGACUUCAAGUCUUUGAAGGUCAUGGCUCGAGACCCGACUCUAUACACAUUCAGUUUGUACUGGAUCUGCCAUGGUAUCGGGGGGUUCGGGGUCGGGUUCGCGUUGCCGACUGUCAUUUAUCAGCUGGGCUUCACGACUACGGCUUAUUCUCAGUUGAUGAACAUUCCUCCGUAUGUUUCGGCCUUCUUACUUCUGAACACGUUGGGCUUUAUGCUUCAAAGAAAGUGGAUCAGACCAUGGGUGACAGCCGUAGGAAUUGAAUCAACAAUUAUCGUAUGCUAUAUCAUUCUUCUCUUUGUCGAUAACCCGGUGGUGCGCUACAUCUGCUUGAUCGUCUCCGUGGCCUGUGCUGGGUGCGCGUACCCAGUAAUCUGGCCGGAGCGCAUCAGAGCACUUGAAGGAACCGUGGCAUCUGGGAUCGGCAUUGGCAUGACAAAUGCGUGCGCUCAAUUCGGCGGUAUUGUCGGCCCACACGUAUUCAGCACGGUGUUCGGCCCUAGAUAUCGGAUCUCGUAUGCGGUCAACUUGUCGGUACUCGUGGUUGGUAUCUGCUCGAUUCUGACAAGUUGGCUUCUCGUUGUUAAGAAAGACAGAAAGCGCUUGGCACAAGGCUGA